GCCAUGGCAUCUCAAGGUCGAAGUCUGAGUUUCUCUUCGGAUGAUUAUGGUCAAUCAAACUUCCGGGGGAAGCUUCUGACUAUUGAUUCAAAGCUGGGGAGCCAAGAUGUGGAGGCCUUGAAGUUUCUCUGCCGAGACUGCAUCUCCCACAAGGAGCUGGAGAAGGCCAGCUCCGCGUUAGACAUCUUUGAUCAUCUGUUGGCAGAGGAGCAGCUGAGCGAGGAAGACUCCUUCUUCCUGGAGGAACUCCUCUACCUGAUCAAGCAGAAAUCGCUGCUGCGCCACCUCAACCAAACCAAGGAGCAAGUGGAAAGUUUGCUGCCCACCCGAGGGAGGGUCUCUCUGUUCAGAAAGCUGCUCUACGAACUGUCAGAAAGCAUCAGCUCAGAUAACUUAAAGAACAUGAUCUUCCUUCAGAGGGACUCGAUUCCCAAAAUCCAGAUGACCUCGCUAAGUUUCCUGGCAUAUCUGGAGAGACAAGGUCAAAUAGAUGAAGAUAAUCUGAAGUUACUGGAGGAUCUCUGCGGAAGAGUUGUGCCUAACCUUGUGAGAAAGAUAGAAAAAUAUAAAAGAGAGAAAGCCUCCCAGGCUCCUCCCACACGUGUGGUAGACAAGGAACCUGCGUCAUUGCCCCAAGGAGAGGAAGAAACGUUGCCCUGUUAUGAUGUGGAUCCGUUGUUAGAAGCCUUAUCGGAGGCAGGUGUGUACAGGAUGAAUCGGAAACACAGAGGCCACUGUGUGGUUGUCAAUAACUACACGUUUACCUCAAUGGACGACAGACCAGGGACUGAUAAAGAUGCUGAGCACUUGAAGCAUGUGUUUGAGUGGCUUGGGUUCAGCGUAUGUGUAUAUGACAACGUGACCAAAGGACGUCUGGAUGAGGUUCUGUGGGAAUACGAGUGUCAUCCAGACCAUGCUGACGGAGACUGCUUCGUGUUCUGUGUUCUGAGCCAUGGGAAGUACGGAGCUGUCUACUCUUCGGAUGAGAUCCUCGUUCCCAUUCAGGAGAUCACGUCUCACUUCACAGCCCAGAAAUGUCCUGGUCUGGCUCAUAAGCCCAAACUCUUUUUCAUCCAGGCUUGCCAGGGGAAGAAGAUGCAGCCUCCUGUAUUCAUUGAAGCAGAUGCUGUAAAUCCUGAGCCUGUGGCCCCUUCCCUUCAGAGGAGUAUUCCCGAUGAGGCGGAUUUUCUUCUCGGCAUGGCCACUGUCCCUGGCUACCUAGCCGUUCGGCAUGUGGAGAACGGCAGCUGGUAUAUCCAGUCUCUGUGUAAUCAUCUGAAGAGCUUGGUCCCAAGAAAUGAAGAUAUCUUGUCCAUCCUCACCGCUGUCAACAAUGAUGUGAGUCAAAAAGCAGACAGUAAAGGAAAAUGGAAACAGAUGCCCCAGCCUGCCUUCACCCUACGGAAGAAGCUAGUAUUCCCUGUGCCCCCGGAAAGACGUUAGUAAGAGAGAGUUCCUGUUGGCUCUUUGACUUGAAAGGAAGCUUUGGUCAGCCAUGCCAGCCUCCCGCCCCUCGCAGGAAUCCGUGACAGACGGUGAGCUGACCUCUGUCUGUCAUUCUAGUGACUGGAAAUACCCUAUUUUCUGACGCGGCAAAUUCUUUCUUUUCUUUUUUCUUUUUGACAAGCCUGAAUGUUAGAACACUUUCUUUCUUGAAGCUUCGUAUGGUAGUCUUGGGUUUAGUUGUGUGCCCUGAGGGAAGGCAGCUUGGCCUUGGUUUGUGCAUCCGUGAGGGAAAAGGUGGAACCAGGUACGUUUUAAGAUUCCUUUGAGCUCCAAGAACCACUGUCCUUAGCCUUAGCUGAGCUCGAUUACUAUCUACCUGACCCACCCCACCCCCACCGCUUGUUAUCGCCCUGCGUCCCCUCUGCAUGGCCUUGUUUUGGACCCUGGCUAAUGGUAGAGAGCACGCACGGCUCUCCCCUUCCCAAGGCUCCUCUCCCGCACACCGGCCCAGGUGGAAAUUUGGCCUGUACGAUGCCCGUUUCCUGCUUUAGUGUAAGGAAGGUAUUCCUGCACGAGCUGUUUCCCUCGGCGUGGGUACAGGCUCGGCUCCAGAGUGCUGACCGCCUGAAUGAAGAGACACACACUCGACCACUCUGGGAGCAGAGACCCUACAGUGUGAGGUUAACCCCAUGUUGGGCAGAAUGUCUCAGAUACCAAUGACAGAACAUUCACGUCAAGCCGACUAAAGCAAAGAAGGGGAUGGGUUUGUCUCAUUUGUCAAAAAACGCGCAGAUGCGUGGUGCCAGCUUCCUGUGAGGCUUGAAUCCGGACUCAGUCUGCACUAUCGUGCGUCCUUCUUGGCCAGGGGUGUCUCGGUGGCUGCGCUGGGCCGACUGCGGUCAACGGCCCCUCCUUGUCACCCACGUGCUCUGUUCCUCUGGCCCAAAGGAUGGAGGAGAGCGGCAGCCUGACGGUCUGAAGCUGUUCACGGGGGCUGUCGUUCUGUCCUCAGUCAGAGACUUGUCUGGCUGUGCCUUGGGGCGUGUGGUUCUACUUAGAAGCCCUGAUAUUUUUUACAUUAAGGUUGUGAAUAUCUUUAUUUAUGUGAACUUUUUUUUUCUUUUUCAAUUUCAAGAGGAAUUUCUUUUGCAGCUCCUGAAGGAGGGAGGGUGAAUGUCCUCUCCUUAAGGCCUUUAUUCCCAGACGAAGAAGUUAGGGCCCCAGGAGGCCAAAGAGAUUCACUACCGUCCCCCAGACUGUUACUGUUUACAGGAUCUGAUUUCCCACUGGAGGGAACUGGGAUGUCAUGGGACCCAGCAGGGCUUUAGGAAUGUUUCCUUGGAUAUGCAGAAGUUCAUGAAAGAUGUCAGGGAAUGAGGACACAUCACUCUCAGUGAUGCCCUAUUUUGUAGUGAAUCCUGUGGAAGUCGCAUUAAUUUGUGGGGUAUUUGCUGGGAGAAAUAUUCAUAUAAGUUUUUUACACUUGUAAUGACAUGGACGGAGCAAAUCAUUACAUGGGUUUGAAUGUAGCUUUGCCACGGAAAGGAGCCCAAAUGCACACGUCAGAAUGAUCUUCCAGAACCAGUGUUCGUACAAGUCAGAACUAAUGGCUGGUGAUUAAUCUUUGCCCAGUUGAAUAUACGCAGCUUUUAGCCAUUUCAUAAAACUCCGCGAGUGAAGGAUGGUGUGGUUCAAAACGAAAAGCCAAGAAUCUGGACAGGGAAGCCUGGGGUUUCCCUUUGGUCUUGUGACCCCCUUGCUCUGAGACACUAAAUCCAGCUGGUUUUUCAAGCCUUAUCUAUGGAGUAGAGACAAAUGACCUAUUUAAGAUAGGGAUUUAGAGGAAUAUAUAAUAUAUGUAUAUUAUAAUAAAUAUAUUAUGUAUCUCUCCAUUUACGUGCAGUUGAUGUGAGGUACAUAGAAGACCUUUAGGUGGCAGUAACCUCAACGGAAACAGCAGAAUUUGAGUUCCUUUGCGUCUAAUUCCAGCUGAAUCGUUGCAACAAGUCACUCUAGCAGUCCCCACUGAGGUCCUCUGAGGGAAACACUGGUUCUGCCCUCACUGAUUCACAGUGUCCCCAGCAGCAAUAGGCCAGCUCUUGGCUCUGAACUCGGCUGUGAAAAACACCGCUAAGGAACUCUCCUUCAGCAGCGACAUUUGGGGUUCGAUGCCGAGGUCCCCCCGGUCCCGUGGGUCUAUUCCAUAUUUCUGUUGUGCUGGAUCUUAGAGCCUAACGCAAGGUUAAAUUCAGCCCACAAGUUGCUUUUCAGAGCUCUCCGGCAAGUCCUGAGGAGUCACUAGACGUUGAUGACCUCAAGUCAGACGAGCAGAUGUGGACACCAGGAGCACCCCAUCCUUCAGUCGUUUCUCCUAAAUGGAGUGUGUACACACUUGUCCCUUGUCUGUGUGUGUGUGUGUGUGUGUGUGUGUCUGUGUGUCUGGGGAUUUAGAGCGAAUCACAGGAGGGGAUUUGGUCCCAGGUAUAUGGCAGUGGCUAUAGACACGGUCUGCCUAGACAUUGACGAAUGAAAUGCGCAGACCGAGUGAAGUCUUCUGUACAUUUUGCCUUGUUGUGCUCACCCUACGAGAGCUAUAGUUAAUUUUUUCUCUCUUUUCUGUUUUUUUUUUUUUUUUCUCUCAAAAGUUUGGCUUUGACCAAACCAGAUGAAGGGACUUUCCAGAUGUAGAAACUUUUUAUGGAAUCUUAUGCAAGUGUUAGUUAUUUAAUAGUACUACUACUGGUGUUUAUUAUUAGAGAUACUAGUCACCACAGCAUCCUCUUGGCCUUUGCUGUGGGGCCUCGCCAUGCUCGUGGGCCUGUUUGAUAUCACCAGGGCUCCCCUUAGCCAGGGCUCGGGUGGUGCAGACAGGCAGCAGGUCCAGUGUGGUUACUGAUCGUCAGAGCAGACACUGACCAGUAUAACACUAUGGGGGGUACCACUGAACAGCAGCCCUCUUCCAGUGACCUGGUCUCCACGGUGGGAGACCAAAUGAGAAGUUGACCUCAUUUUGUAGGUGACUUUUGUGCUGUACUUGAGUCCUAAAAUCUUCCUGGACCGAUAACUUCUGAGUGAUUUAGUCACAUUCUUAGCCUGGAAUUCUCAGGUCCUUGGUGGUUUGUGGAUUUAUUCUCAGGGUCUAUGAGCCUUCCACCUGCCGUUUGAAAUGCUGUAAUUUCUUUUUGGUGAUAAUCUUCAGUUACUAGAGUGGAUCCUGUCUCUUCUGUAUGAUCACUUCGUAUUUUAGCACGGACAAAUAACUUUUGUGCCCGCAGCCCAGUGCCCCCAGGAAGUGAUGAACUUUACCUCGAACUCUCUAAUGUAUCAUAGAUUAGGGUUCAGGGCCAAAGGUCCUCUGACCUGUUGGCAGGUACCAGUAGUUAAUCCAUCUGGAACAAGCGCCAGUCCAUCCUCUCGAGCCGUGACAGACCCCUAGUCCACCAUCCCUCUGCCCCUGCUUAACUCAGUGGAGGGAACUCACACUACACGCAAAAGCCAUGGCUUUGGGAGUUCGGAAGGACCCUCGCUAGAGAACCCACGGUCCAGGCUUCGGUGUCAAAUGGAAGGACUUGGAAUCGUGUAUAUCUCCUGUUUUGCAUCCUUGCCAUCUGGUUUCACCGUGAGACCAGCCCUAAUUGUCCUUUUCCCUUUUGUGAUUUGAACCUGCUUACAACCUACUUAACUAUCUUCCAGUAAAGCACAUGCUGCUUGUGACGAGUUACUUUGUUUCCGGUAGGGUCUGGCUCUCCUCACAAGUCUGUAGUUUGCCUUUAAGGAUGUGGUAAGAAUAUCACAUUUGUGGGCAAGACACAUUUGUAUCUUUCAACAGCAGCUACAUUUCUGAAAAUGAAAUCCUUUUUUAAAAGUAGGAGGAGAAAUUCCUUGUUUAAGGAAAGACUGAUUUGCCAGUAUAAACAACCACUUUGUAACAUAACUUUUGCAUAUGUGAAUUUUUAAAAGGAUUUUUCUUCUGUUGAAAUUUUGAAAUUGUAUGAAUUUUUACUCUUUAAAUCUAUUUUUGUACAAGUGAUAUCUUUACAUUGCCCAAAGAGAAUACAAAAGAGGUUUUCAGGAUAACUUUUGGCUGCAUUUCUGUCCACCAAAUGCCCAGUGCUCCCACCUCUGAAUCCCAGAGAUAAUUGAAGGGAUUUCUUAAUGCAAAUGCAAAUACAGCAACUACAAAAUACAUGUGUAUUUUAAAGUGAGCAUUUCUUGAAACAAAGCACAUACACUGUGAAACUCAGAUCUCUCGUUCGGUCUCAUUUUAAAUGAUUCUGUGAGAUGCCUGGAAAUAUUUGUACAACCCUACAAUGGGAAUAACUAUGAGAUUUGUGGAUGGUUCCUUGUAAAUAGUAGUAAUUGUAUGGCCAAUAAAUAAAGGGAUUUUUUUC